AUGGACAAGCUUCUGCUUUGGAUGUCUGUCUUCACCAGCCUUCUUUCAGCCUUUGCUCAGACAGACCUCAAAUGGAAGGUAUUUGUAUUCCCCAGAGAAUCUGAAAUUGAUCAUGUGAAGCUGAUCCCACAUCUAGAGAAACCUCUGCAGAAUUUUACACUGUGUUUCCGAACCUACAGUGACCUCUCCCGCCCUCACAGUCUUUUCUCCUACAGUGUCAAGGGCAGAGAUAAUGAGCUACUGAUUUAUAAAGAAAGAGUUGGAGAAUACAGCCUAUACAUCGGACAUUCAAAAGUCACAGUCCAUGGUAGGGAAGAACACCUUUCUCCAGUACACUUCUGUACCACCUGGGAGUCCUCCUCUGGCAUUGCUGAAUUUUGGGUCAACGGAAAGCCUUGGGUAAAAAAGGGUUUGCAGAGGGGAUACACUGUGAAAGCCCCACCCAGUAUUGUCCUGGGACAGGAGCAGGAUUCUUAUGGAGGAGGGUUUCAAAAGGCACAGUCCUUUGUGGGAGAGUUUGCAGAUUUGUACAUGUGGGACUAUGUACUGACCAAACAAGAUAUUGUACUUGCAUACAUAGGUUCCCCUGUCACUCCUAAUAUUAUAAAUUGGCAGGCUCUGAACUAUGAAAUAAAUGGUCAUGUAGUCAUCAGGCCCCGUGUGUGGGAAUAA